AUGCCUGGAAUAACAACAAUGGUAUCAAACGCCUAUGAAGAUACAUACCAGUAUGACUAUUACGAUUCAGAUUUUCAACAAUUGCUUGAAUACUUCACAACGCAUUUCAACUUUACCGACAAUGAUUAUAUACUCAGCGCUGACGACUUGGCAAUACCCGCUACAGAGCAACUAUUUUUGAUGUGUGGAUUUAUUCUGAGCAUGGCCUUGUCUGUAGUCGGUAACUUAAUAGUGAUUAUUGUUUUGGCAUGUGGCACUCGAUCAUGGACCGACUUGAAUAUUUUUCUCGUCAAUUUGUCAUUGGCCGAUUUGACAAUGGCUAUUUUCUGCAUGCCGUUCACCUUUCCAACAAUCAUGAAAGGACACUGGAUAUUUGGUAAAGCCAUGUGCCCGAUAGUGGUAUCUCUUCAACAGAUUUCGGUCUGCGUCAGUAUAUAUACUUUGACAGCCAUUGGUAUUGAUCGAUAUUAUGCUGUUUUGUAUCCAUUCAAACUACGUGUAACUAAAAAUCGGGCUAAGUACAUCGUAUUCCUUAUCUGGAUUGUAUCGAUUUUACUCUCAGUUGUUGUGUUGGUAACAGCGCGUUCCAGGCCUGUGGAUCUUAAUGAUUUCAUCGAUACACCAGAAGAUAUUGUAUUUUUUUGCAGUGAGAGAGUGAGUCCUGCAGCCGCAAUGGGAUACGAGUUUUUCAUCCUGGUCAUCACGUACAUCAUACCAUUGUGUAUACUGUCAUAUACCUAUUACAAUAUUGGUAGACGCCUCUGGGGACGUAGUUUGCCCGGGAACGCUGAUUAUAACAGAGAUUUGUCACAAAUGAGAUCAAAACGAAAGACAAUAAAGAUGCUGGUAAUUAUUGUCGUGGUGUUUUCCUCCUGUUGGUUUCCACUGCAAGUUUUCAACGUCAUCAACGAUCUGGUUCCUUCGUUAUACGCCGACAUUGAAACACAGGAUAGUAUGCGAAUAGCACAGAGCUGUGCACUACUACUUGCCAUGGCUAAUAGUUUUAUGAACCCAAUCAUAUAUGGAUUUCUCAAUGAAGGUUUCAGAAAUGAUGCGAAAAAAAUACUGAAGUGUAAUGUUAGCCGUCAUCCUCGUCGUCAUCGUUCAUCGGCUACCAGUACAGUUACUCAUUCAACACGGGACAGUUCUUUAGGCAAAGGCCCAUUCAAGAGAGAGAUGCAGAGAUUGUCUACGUCAAUGCCAUGA